AUGUCUCUCUCGGCAUGCUCCUCUGGGCUUUCACAGCAACUCUCUUCCCACAAUUGGACAGGCUAUAGGGAAAGCACUUUUGACUUAGUGGGAAAUUCUGGGGAAGGAUUUUCUGCUGCUUCCAGCUUGGGAUCUCAUUCUGGCUUUAGAGGUUACUUUGCAGAUAUUGCUUGUGCAGGAGGUCUGAGAACUACAUUUGGAGGGAUCCCAGGGAAUGGUCCUUUAGCGAUUGUCUCCGUCAAUGAUGGAGGUCUCCUUCCUGGAUCAGGAAAGGAAACCAUGCAAAAUCUGAAUGACAGAUUGGCAUCCUACCUGAAUAAGGUUCGAGACCUAGAAGUCGCUAAUUCUCAACUAGAGAAUAAAAUUCAAGAGUGGUACGAAAUGCGAACACCUGGGCCUGCAGAGUCACAGAAUGAUUAUAGUCAAUAUUAUCCAUUGAUUGAAGACCUCAGAAAAAAGAUCAUUUCUGCAAAUAUUGGCAAUGCCCACGUCAUCUUGCAGAUUGAUAAUGCCAAACUGGCUGCCGAAGACUUCAGAAUGAAAUUUUCGAAUGAGCAGGCCCUUUACAUGAAUGUGGAUAUGGACACCAAUGGUCUGCGCAGGGUGUUGGAUGAACUGACCCUGGUCAGGUCCGACCUGGAGAUGCAUAUUGAGAGCCUGCAGGAGGAUUUGGCCUACCUGAAGAAGAACCAUGAGGAGGAGAUCCAAAGUUUCCAGGCUGGAAGCCUGGGCCAGAUCAACAUAGAAAUGGAUGCUGCCCCCACAGUGGACCUCACCCAGCUACUCAAUGCCAUGAGAGCCCGGUAUGAAACCAUCGUGGAGCAAAAUCGCAAUGACACAGAGGCCUGGUUCAUUAAAAAGAGUGCGGAGCUCAGCAAGGAGAUGGGCAACAGCACAGAGCUGCUUCAGUGCAGUAAGAACCAGGUCGCCGAGCUGAGACGCGCCUUCCAGAACGGGGAGAUCGAGCUCCAGGCCCAGCUGGCCACGAAAAACACCCUGGAAAGCUCCCUGGCCGAAGUCGAGAGCGACUACUGCAGACAGCUGGCCCAGGUGCAGCAGCUCAUAGCAAAUGCAGAGGCGCAGCUGCUCCAGGUGCGCGCAGACACCGAGCGCCAGAACGCCGACCACCUGCAGCUGCUGAGCGUCAAGGCCCGCCUGGAGCUGGAGAUUGGCACCUACCGCCGCCUGCUGGACGGCGAGGACCAAGGUAAUGAUUUGGAGGAAAGUUUACCUGUGAUUGAAUCCAAAUCUCAAGCCCAGUCAACUGACUCCUCUAAAGACUCGACCAAAACCCAAAACAUAAACAUCACUGUGCAAGAAGAGAUAGAUGGUGAAGUGGCCUCCUCUCAUGUCCAGGAAAUUGAAGAAAUAAUAUAA